ACGGUGUACGGUGCCGGCGCACGUAUAAUAUCUCCUCUCGCCUUGCCUUGCCUUGUCUUGCCUUGCCUUGCCUUGCCCCGUUGCGUUGUCUCGGGUCUUGGAGGCCGCCGUUUUGCCGUAACGUCGCGUCGACGGCGCCCUUAACGUCAUAUCUCCGUUACCGCAUCCAACACUCUCGAGUCACGUUACGUUAUAUCCUUCGCAACGAACGACGUUCGACGUUUGUUAUGUUUUUACCGCCGACGGAGGAUCCACUGGAUGUCAUUGUUAACAGGUCCCCGAUGAUCGCGAGGCUGCGGCUCCGUUCGGACUAGAAACGCCGAUCGACUUGUGGUAAAAAAACUUUCCCGAUACCGAGAUUCGAUGAGCAUCCAGUACACCUGCUGGAUGGGAGGCGGCCGGUCCUCCGACCUCUCGGAGUUCCGCAACGGAGACUCGAUCCAUUGACAUGGUACCGCGGACUUGACGCUGCCGAUAGUCAGUGAGUGGAUCCGCAACGAUUAGCGGUCGCGCCCAGGAUGGCCGGCAGCGAGGCUCUGAACUCGGAGAUAAUCCUCAACUACACCGAGUCGUUGUUCGAUAAUCUGAGCGCGUUCAACGCCAGCCAGAAUGACACGAUGGAGCCGAACUGCGACGCCGAUUUGCCGAUAGUGUCGCUCGUCACGCAGAUCCUCUACGCGACCGUCUGCGUGGUCGGGCUCCUCGGCAACACUCUCGUGAUAUACGUGGUGCUCAGAUUCUCGAAGAUGCAAACGGUGACGAACAUGUACAUAGUGAACCUCGCCAUAGCCGACGAGUGUUUCCUCAUCGGCAUACCGUUCCUGGUCACGACGAUGAGCCUCCAGUCUUGGACGUUCGGCAAGAUAAUGUGCAAGGCCUACAUGAUCACCACGAGCAUAAACCAGUUCACCAGCAGUAUAUUCCUGUUCAUAAUGAGCGCCGACAGGUACAUCGCCGUAUGUCACCCGAUAUCCUCGCCGAAGGUUCGCACGCCCUUCAUAUCGAGGGUGGUAUCGCUCACAGCCUGGGGGACCAGCGCCCUCUUCAUGAUCCCCGUGUUCCUCUACGCCAACACGAUGGAGACGGCGGAGGGUGUGAUAAGCUGCAACAUCCUCUGGCCGGACAACGCCAACCAGGGCGGACAGACGACCUUCACCCUGUACACGUUCAUACUCGGCUUCGCCAUACCCCUGAUCCUGAUUCUCAUUUUCUACUUCCUCGUAAUAAGGAAGCUGCGAACGGUCGGACCGAAGAACAAGUCCAAGGAGAAGAAGCGCUCCCACAGGAAGGUGACGAAGCUCGUCCUGACCGUGAUCACCGUCUACGUGCUCUGCUGGCUACCCUACUGGCUGACGCAGGUCGCCCUGAUCUACACACCCCCGAAACAGUGCCAGUCGCGUGUCAUAAUCACGACCUUCCUCCUCGCCGGGUUCCUCAGCUAUUCGAACAGCGCGAUGAACCCGAUCCUCUACGCCUUCCUGAGCGACAACUUCAAGAAGAGCUUCCUGAAGGCCUGCACCUGCGCCGCCGGCAAGGACGUCAACGCCACCCUCCACAUCGAGAACAGCGUGUUCCCGAGGAAGAACAAAGCCAACGCCGACAGGCUUCAGCCUAACAAAGCGACUUCGGGUCACUCGCGGGGCGACCUCGAGGACGAGGAGGGGGAACGAGGGUUGCUCAUCAGCAAGGCCGAGCACUCGACUACCGCCGUCACCAUGACUUCUCGGUCCAACAUAACCGUCACCAGCGAGUCGAGGGACCACGCGCAGAACAAGGACUCCUCGAAGGACUCGGCCAGGGAGGCCGUUAAGAACGGAACCCAGCUCACCCUCCUCACCCAAGUCUGAGAUGCCCGGAUUUUCGACUCGUUGUUGUCGUUUUUGUUGUUGUUGUUGUUACACCGUCUCUCAUAUCAUCGUUAUUCUUAUCCCCCUAACCCCCGAUCGAACAAUUCUCCUCGCGAGGGUGAAAGUCCGCGUAUUUAAAGUUUGUGCCGAAGGAUAAGCAAUACGCGUGUGCCGGACGAUUUUUCAUCAUGCCGCGGAUCGUCUGCGUCAUAUACUCGUAUACACUAUACCCAAGUAAAUUCGUGUCAUUCGGUUAUACUUCUUAUUUUCUCCCUCACUCGAAGUUUCUUUUUCUUUCUCCAGUCGCGAAACAAUUAUUCCGAACCAAAGAUAAUAUAUAUAUAUAUAUAUAUAUAUACACGUUACACAAGCGACCACUUACUUCGUACACCUACGCGAUGCGUACGCGUAUACAAUAUUAUACGUAUAUACCAAAUUUAGUAUCUAUAAUUGUCAAUCGAUGUUUUAUUCCCGUUGUCGUUGUUAACCUCAAUCCAAAGGUCUGCGUAAGACGUAUCGGCGCCGAAAUAUUUACGUCUCGCGAAUCACGUACGUAAUCAGCAAGUUUCGUUGUACCGAAAUCGGUGCACGUGUGCAUGUGUAAUACUUUAUACACGAUACGCCAGAGAAGACAGUGCAGUGCGUUAUUGUCGGGUGAAAUACGAAUAAUAUAUCAGCUCCUUUGUCGCCCAGCUGCUGCAGGGAGAGGGAGGUUCCUCGAUCCGGCCAAGCGACGUUCUAAUAUCUAAUUAGUCAAUCAUGUAAUUGAUGUGAGUGAAAAUAUCAAACGACGUUGUGUGUAAAUACGUAUAAUGAAUGUUUGUAAAUUUUUUGAAUUUAUUU